AUGCUUAAAAUCAUUUCAGAUGUCAAGAGCGAUGUCAAAGUAUUGACCAACAAUCAAGAUGACAAGUCAAGGGAGGCGUGGAUGAGGGCGCCGGCUGGGGCUGUCACUGUGAAGAGUGGUGAAGAUGCUCUGCUGACUUGUGUGGUACUCGGAGCUAGGGAAAGACCAGUAAUAUGGAAGAGAGCGAGAGAUCACCAAGUAUUGACGGCGGGUAACCUGAGGGUGACUCGUGAUGAUAGGGUGCAAGUGUUGCAUGAUGAUUCUGAAGAGCCCCUCCAAGGCCCAGGCAUCACAAAAGGCGGGGACGUGUGGGCGCUCGUCAUAAAAACCGUGAAAGCAUCAGACGCCGGAAUGUACGUGUGUGAAUUAAACACAGAACCUCCUGUCAGAAGUUUCCACAAAUUGACUGUUAUUUCAAGAGGCCUAACUCCACCAGAGAAUCAAAAUACCACUGAUAGCUACUCCGCUAACGUACCUACACUGUCAUCGAUAGCAUUCUCGCAUAAUUAUACUGAUUGUUGUUUAUCUGCGAAUGUAACAAAAAGCUGUUUGGGCUACUGCAGUAUACAGUCUAUUCUGGAUGGGCCUGGUCAAGAUCCAGAAGCUUGUCAAACUGACUUCCCGUCAAUAGUAAAAUGCAUGGCGGAUGGCCGUAAUCAUGUUCCAUGCUGUGUCCAAGAGCAUAUUCCUGAUAUAUGCCAAGACGUAUGUAGAGGAGAGUACUCUCCCGUAACUGAUAACAUUAAAACCCACUACUCUUGCGCAGCUUCAAUGGACAAAACUUUAGCUUGCAUCGUUGAAGGAAUAGAACUCCUACCAAGUCAACCAGAAGACGUAGAAGUGGAGCCUCUAAAUGAAAAACAACUAAACGUCUCAUGGAACCCACCAACAGAAAACACAGAAUCUGUCACUGAAUAUAUAGUAAAUGUGACAACCUUGCGAUCCUUUGAUGCCCAUUUAAUAGAUCCUUCCGAGAGUUCUCUAAAGAAUAUAAGCGUCAAAACUAAUACACAAAAUUUCAAAGUACCAUCAAACAAAACUUUUCUAGUUAUAAAUGACCUACUUCCAUUUACAAUGUAUGAGAUUACAGUGACGUCAUAUAAUAUACACGGUUCGAGUUUACCUAGCUACGGGAUAAGGUCAUUGACCCUUACUCCCGGUAAGAUGAGGAACACAGAAGUAGCCGCAGCCCCAAAACUACCCGAUGUUAAAGGUUGUUGCGUUAAAGCCGGUAUCAAUCAUUAUGGAUGCGUGGACAAACUUUGUGACCCAACCAAAACCUUUGAGAUUGCGUUCGUCGGUUCUAACCACCAGUUGCAGGUGACAGAUCUCAUGAUCUGCGCUCCAUGGGCCGGGAUAACAUUCGGAUGUCUCGCCAAUGGCAUGGACCAUUCCCCUUGUUGUCGAGCUAGAGGAUUACCAGACACUUGUCUUCCAUUGUGCAGUGGAAACAUCACAACGUUGGAUUUCAAUCACUUUAAGUGUCUUCGUUACAUGACUGCGUACACAAAUUGUCUUUUACAAGGCUACGGAGUAUUACCAGGUCCUCCAUCACGUCUUCACCUGACUAACAUUGACACAGACUACGCUGUUGUGCACUGGGCACCGCCUGCAGUACUGGCCGACACUGUUCAGUAUUACCACCUGCAUUUCAAAUCUCUACAGUCUGAAGAAGAUUAUAGGACAUUGGAUAAAGUGCAGUCUCCAUACAUUCUUGAAAAUUUAGAAUCAAACACAGAUUACGAGAUCUAUGUAGAAGCAGUGAAUGAGCACGGUGUUGGAGAAUCAUCGCCUCGACUUAUAUUUAGGACACAGAGUCAGAUGAUAGAAGAAGAGGAAGAGAACGCUCUUGCUUACAACGUGACAGCAUGUUGUUCGAACGUUGACGUUUCAUCUGUGUGCAUGCCGCUUUGUGCGUACGACGCACGCAUGUCCGAUCUGCGCUCACUAGCGCCACUCUGUGAUCGGGACUUCCCCAAAAUUGUUAGAUGUGGGGCUGGUGGUCGAAAUCACGAGAAGUGCUGUGCUAGACGAGGUGUGCCACGUGCCUGCAGCUCUGUGUGCACAGGAGCAGCACAAGUUUCGUUAUUUUACUCCUGUGUCGCAUACAUCGGAAACGUUGUGCAGUGCUUUGAGGAAGGUACGGGUACAUUACCUGGUCCACCACGUGAAGUACACGCAGUGAUAUCAAGAGAUAAACUAUUUUUGGACUGGUCGCCACCAGCUGAUGGUGCUAACGCUACUUCAUAUGUCGUGCAUUGGCAGAAAGUCGGGAACAACACCCAGCCUUACUAUUACAACACUUUACAAUUGGACAACAAAAUUAAUGUGACCGAGACCAUGGCACGGAUCGAAAAUUUGGAGGUGAACAGCUCAUACCACAUGUUUGUGGUGGCAGUCAACGAACAUGGAACCUCUCUACCAUCUAGCAUGCUGCUCAUCAAUAUAACUAAUGACGGAGAGAACAAAGAGGUAUCCGGUAUUCCAUCUCCUCCUCACUCACUCUCUGUUACGUCUCACUCAGCCACAUGGUUGGCUCUGAGCUGGCAACCGCCACAAUUCUCCCUGCCAGAUGAAAAAAUAUCUUAUACAUUGUACGUCAAAACGCCGUCAAACCAGUCCAACACAACUAAGAUCACUACAUCAGUGACUGGCCAUACGCUUGAGAAGUUGUCUCCUAACACCCAGUAUGUAGCGUGGGUAGUUGCGACUGCCGGAGCUGGUAGUUCUCCUCCUUCAGAAACUUUAUUAGCUUGGACUGACCCAGCGUACCCCGCUUUCGUUGAGCCUCCAACAAUCAACCCAGUUAACCUUGUAGUCGAAGGAUCUAGCAUGACCAUUCUUUGUAUUGCCAUGGGAACACCAACGCCCACCAUAUCGUUAUACAUUUCGGGUCACCUCGUCCGUCAAGAAGUCACCCGCCAUAUGGUAACAGUCGUCCACAACGUCACCAGAGAUAUGGAACUGAUAUCAUGUUACGCGGAUAACGGGUACGGCACCCCGAUGCAGGCGUCUCGGAAAAUCAAUAUAUCACACAUACCUACAAUCCAAGCGUCAGGUAUUACUAUGGCUGCGGCGGGUGACUCUGUUAUACUAGAAUGUCGUGUGGAAGCGCUCCCAAAACCUACUAUUGCUUUCUGGAGGGAUCCUAAUGGAAGAACACCGGUCAUUGAUGGACCAAAUUACACGAUACAACUACUUGCGGAUCCAGAGGAGAAAACAAAAUAUACGAUGCGAUUAAUAAUAAAGAAGAUAACGGAAACUGAUGAAGGAGAUUACUUCUGUCACGCGGAAAAUGCAUUUGGCAAAACACUACGCCCUGUGUCGGUACGACUAAGAGCAACCGGUCCACAUCACAACGUCACUGAAUGCUGCACACAGAUGAACGUUUCAUCGUCAUGUAUCGACGCGUGCAGUUUUCACUUGGACAUGGAUAACAUCAUGGACCGUCCUGAAUGCAUGAACGAUUUUGAUAAACUCAUGAAAUGUGCUGCUGAUGGAUCAGAUCACCGCAGUUGCUGUGCUUCCUGGGGCGUUCCACGGAACUGCCUGGAACUUUGUCGCGGUGGUUCCUUCUCCAAGAUAUGCGCUCUUCAACAUGCAAGACGGGCCUUGGCUUGCUUUAGAGACUCUGGUGCUAAACUACCAGGUCCACCAAGAAACUUAAAGGCACAUGCUGCCCCUACACCAAAUACUGUGCUGCUAAGCUGGGAGCCGCCCCUAAAGAAUCCGCAAACCGUGUAUCUUUAUCGUGUCUUCUGGCGAGCGUAUGGUGCCCAAGCCCCUGAGAAAUUAGACACAAGUGAAACCAGCGUAGUACUGACCGGUCUGCAGGAUGAUGUGCGUUACGAAUGUGUGGUGAAAGCUGCCAAUGAUGCAGGUACAUCAUCUCUCAGCCAGUCAAUCAUGUUUACGACUGCUGGCCAGGAGACGGGGGCGUCAGCUUCUAAAGUGUCGACUUCUGGAACAGCUUCCGCAGUUGGAGUAGCGGUGGCUUGUAUUCUAGUCGUUGCCAUAUUAUUAGCCGCUGGACUUUAUUACAGACAUAGAAAGAAUCUUAGACUAAAGGCUCAAGGAGGAGUUGCCUUCGAAAACCCAAGCUACCUCAGAGAACCAAAUCCUGAUAGCGUUGUCAAUGGUACUAUACCUAACGGAAUUACCAACGACAAUAUGAACGUCAUUGGCAACGGUAUAUCAACGAGCACAGCAUGGAGACAAGAGACCCAGACGCCUGGUAGUACGAUCCCACAGCGGGAGGUGGAUCCUUCAUUGUAUGAAGAACUAAAACUCGGCCACGACGGGGCGGGCUUCAAGAGACUGAAGUAG